GAAAAGAAAAAAGAAGAAGAAGAAGAAAAAAAAGAGUUCAAUUCGUGUGACGUCAUACCCAUGUAUUAUAUUUUCCUCUAUGGGUUCUUACCAGUCGCGAACAUAGAGAGAGAGAGAGUGCUCUGAAAUAUUUUGUGAGUCAGUUUGCAAGGAAACGGACGCUCGCUUUCUGACAGCCGACGGAUCACGUGGUUUGAAGGGGGGAAGUUGCCGAUUAAUCUUAGCGCUUUCAAACAACAUUUAUUAUUAGUGAGUGAGAAAAAUCGGAAAUAAAAAACUUCCGUCCAGAUUUUGAUGAUUCCGGCUUUAACUCGGACUACCGGACCUUUUCUCAAACAACCUCGCUCGAUUAUUAUAUCGUUCCUGCUUUUAACAAUUCCAGCUUUUAUGGGCUUUAUUGUAAAUAAACAUUGCGAACUGACAAGAAUCGAGAUGAAGUUGACGCUUUUGUUUAGUAUUUAAAUAUUUCUUCAGAACUGCUUUUAUUCCAAGCAGCGGGAUGCCUGCUUGGAAGAGCGACCUAUCAGGCAUGGACUUCCUCUGUAGCGGUCUGUUCGCGUCCACUAAGUUGACCGGCUCUGAAGACGACGACAGUGAGAGUUCACUUCCUUGGGUGGACGACACCAACAUAGAUGAGCUAGACGCAUACCUUCAUGAGAACCCACCAGGUUGGAGUCCCCACUGUGAAUGCGAUGACAGCUUUUCACUUUGUUCUUUUUGUCUUUCCUGCUCAUCAGUUGACAGCCUCUUCUCUCUACCGGUUGACGACAGGUCAGAAUUCCUUGAAACUACGGAACCAGUCCAAGAUUCUAGCCACCUCCUCGUGGACAAACUAUUCUCGGAUCCACGCAGUAGAGACGACCUAGUGGUACUGGGCGUGGAUCUCCAGGCUUUAUCUUCCGCUGUCCUCUGCGGAGAGGACAUCCAGAAUCCAACACCCGCCACUGUUCCUCAAACAUUCCCUCCCACUGUGUGUGGAGGGCAACAGGACUACUCUAGAUUGCUAUGCAAUAACAAUAAACCAGUGUAUUCGACAGGAGGCAGGAAUCCUGCUCUUCAAGAAUGGUACUCUACAUUAGGUAUGCCGCCCUCUACAAACGUACCCACUUACGGCACACCAGUCAUACCAAAACCACCCAGACAGCGUCGAGGUGGGGGUGGGAGACGUGCCACUGUAUCAGAUGAAGAGAAAAUAUUUCCGUGCCCUUAUGCUGGGUGUGCCAGAGUCUAUUCUAAGAACUCUCACCUUCGGGCACAUCUCCGCCGGCACACUGGAGAAAAACCUUUCGUGUGCCAGUGGCCUGGUUGUAAGUGGCGUUUCAGUAGAUCGGAUGAGUUGGCCCGCCAUAAACGUUCUCAUUCGGGUGUGAAACCGUACCAGUGUCCAGUGUGUGGGAAGCGAUUUGGACGUUCUGACCACCUUGCCAAGCAUGUGCGGAUUCACAGGAAGCAGGGUUAUAUCAUACCACCAAAAACGAACUCUAGAGGAGGUUCUGUCAAAGUGCAGAUUUUAAGUACACGAUCAUAAAAAUGGUGUGUUUAUCGUUCCAGAUGCCAAAGAAUAAAUUAUUUUUAUUUCA